AUGCCGUGGCCCUUGAGCAUCACCCUCCCUGCCACCGCGGCGACGAUGGCCUACCUGAACGCAAGAUGGUCACUCUUCUACGAUUUCAGCCUGAUCGGCUCCCUGCUCAAGAUCAGAAUGACAUCGAACGCCGCCGAGCGUGGCGAUCGCCUCAACCUCUUCUACGUCCUGGAAACCCAUGCGCUCGCCUCGACCACCGCCGACCUCCCGUUUAUCGUGUACAACGGUCGCUCCUGGACGUUUCACGAAACCUAUAUCAUGGCCCUGCGCUAUGGGGCUUGGUUCAAGAAGGUGCACGGCGUGCGGCGCAAGGAGAUCGUCGCCAUCGACUUCAUGAACUCGUCCACGUUCCUGUUCAUGGUUGUUGGGCUCUGGAGUAUCGGCGCCGUCCCAGCCUUUAUCAACUAUAACCUGGCCGGCAAGCCGCUGACUCACUCGGUCCGCACAUCUACGGCGAGACUGCUGGUGGUGGAUGAGGAAGUCCGUAACUGCUUCCCGCCGGAGCAGCUGGAGACCUUUGCUUCUUCCGAUUUCCGUGACGGAAAGGGUCCCGUCCAGGUCUUGUUCUUUACCCCGGAGGUGGAGGCGCAGAUUAUGGCGAUGGAGCCCGCGCGCGAGGACGACAAGGUGCGCAGUGGGCUGGUGCCCCGCGACAUGGCCCUGUUGAUCUACACCAGCGGUACCACGGGUCUGCCCAAGCCGGCCAUUGUCAGUUGGAAGAAAUGCUGGAGUGGUAGUGUACAGUGCAUGCCUCUUUACCACUCAUCUGCAUCUGUCCUUGGAUUUGUGACAUGCCUGAUGAACGGAGCUACCUUGAUCCUAGGCCGCAAAUUCUCUGCGCGUGGCUUCAUGAAAGAGGCGCGUGAGAACGAUGCGACGAUCAUCCAAUAUGUUGGCGAGACCCUUCGGUAUAUCCUGGGUGCGCCGCCCGAGAUCGACCCUGUCACUGGCGAAGACCUGGACAAGAAGCAUCAGAUUCGGCUGGCAUUCGGCAACGGCCUUCGCCCAGACAUCUGGAAUCGGUUCAAGGAUCGAUUCAACAUCCCCACGAUCGCCGAGUUCUAUGCCGCCACAGAAGGCACCACUGGCGCGUGGAAUAUCUCGUCGAACGAUUUCGCCGCGGGUGCCAUUGGCCGCAACGGUUUGAUUGGAAAUUUCAUUCUUGGUCGCGGCUCGGCCAUUGUGGCAGUGGAUAUGGAAACCCAGGAACCGUGGCGCGAUCCCAAGACGGGUCUGUGCAAGCGUGUUCCUCGCGGCGACCCCGGGGAGCUGCUGUUUGCCAUCGAUGCCACUGACCCGGCCGAGGCCUUCCAGGGCUACUUCCAAAACCAGAAGGCUACGGAAAGUAAGAUCCUGCGGGACGUGCUCAAGAAGGGUGACGCCUUCUUCCGAACGGGCGACAUGGUCCGCUGGGACAAGGAUGGCCGCUGGUUCUUCUCGGACCGUCUGGGCGAUACCUUCCGGUGGAAGAGCGAGAACGUGUCCACCAACGAAGUCGCCGAAGUUCUCGGUGCUCAUCCAGAGGUGCAUGAAGCCAAUGUCUACGGCGUGGCUCUCCCCAACCAUGAUGGCCGCGCUGGAUGUGCGGCGAUCGUAUUCAACCAGCAGAUUCAGAACGGUAACGUGGACGGCCAUGCGCUAGAGCCUUCGCAGGCCACGCUGAACAGCCUGGCCGCACACGUUCUCAAGAACCUGCCCCGUUUUGCGGCGCCGCUCUUCCUGCGCGUCACGCCGGAGAUGCAGGCAACGGGCAACAACAAGCAGCAGAAGCAUGUUCUGCGCUCGGAGGGCGUGGACCCGGCGCUGGUCACGAAGAACGAUCGCCUGUACUGGCUUCAGGGCACUUCCUACGUGCCGUUUGAGGAGAAGGACUGGGUCCGGCUGACUGGUGGCCAGGUCCGGUUGUAA